AUGGAAAGCACAACGGUUAAAAGCAGGAACAUUCUUCCACUCGAAGAGUUUCAAGAGCUAUCCGAGCGUGUGCUUGUCUGCGAGUGGUUCAGAAAGAAUAAGAAGCUAGAAGAGCCUAUUCUCGAUGUCACGGACUCGCCAGAACUUAUCUCGGACAAUAUUAUGCAAAUGCUACUACAACCAACGAAUCUUUCAUCGGAGUAUAAUGGGAGUGUUUCGCAUUGUCCGUCCAUUUGGUCAGACACUGAGUACGAUAAAAAUCAAGUACCCAUUGUUGGGACUUAUGCAUUCUUCUGCGCUCUCGGUAUCUUCUCGAAUCUGAUCAUUCUGUACGUCCUGUGGGAUGAGCACUGCAAAAACAAACGCAAAAGUGCUUCGAAUUCGUUCAUUUUGAGCCUUUGUGCAGCUGAUACAAUUCAACUGGCGAUUUUACCUUUUAAAAUUGACGUUAGACUUUUUCAUGGAUGUUGGAGAUACGGUCGCUUUGGAUGCAUCUUUCAUAACGCUGCUACGAACAUAAAUCUUUUUGUGAGCGUAUUCUUCCUCGUGAUGCUUUCAGUUGACAGGUUCAUCUUGAUAAUGCCGCCGGACACAAUGCAGCCAUUAAAAAAAGCGCGAAACCAUCCAAGCUACGUCGCCAUUGUGACGAUAUGCGUUUGGUCGAUCUCCAUAUUUCUCGCCGUUCCUUCAAUCAUUCAUUCGAAGUUUGUCAACAACGAAUGUCGUCUGGAUUGGUCAGCCUCGAUAUCGCUAGAUUCACACCAAUGCUCCUUGUGCCAGACCGAAGAGGAGCGCAAGAUAUCGGAAUGCAAGCUGCCAGAAUAUACUCUCACAAAUGAGACGCAAGAAGAGACGUGGAGGGACUACUGCUGGAGGGAAAUCGACGAUGAGCUGUAUAAAUCAAAUUUUUGUCCCAUCAGCAAUCACUUCAGCCAGUAUUUGUGCGUUCUAUUCAUCUUGGGCUACGUUAUCCCCUUGAUUGUAAUUAUCUACUGCUACACGAAUAUAAUCAUGAUCUCAAUACGCGCCGGGCGAAAAACAUCAAAAAGUAUAACUGGAAGUCGCCGUAGCCGUUCGAAGAAAGCGUCAGCGCGAGAUCAAAAAGUCACCAAAAUUGUUCUUAUAUUAGUGAUUACGUUCAUUUUCUGUUGGACGCCAUUUCACAUUCGAAACAUGUGCCAAGUUUGGAACAUUACUCCUGGUGCUCACACGUGGCAGUUUAUUUUGGACUUUGCUAAUCUCGGAUGCGCGGCAAACUCUGUACUGAACCCGUUUAUCUAUUCAUUCCUUUCGACGCAAUUCCGACAAAAGCUUUGCAUGGUCAUUAACCAAAAAAUACGACGUCCUGCUGGUAUGGACAGGCGACCAACAAGUACAUAUUUGCUGCAGGGAGAUUAA